GCCAGAGAGGGUUCGGUUAUGUGCGAGAUGCAGCCAUAGUGACGCUACACUGUCGAAAUAAUAUAACCUGCUGGGAUCGUUAGUGUUGCAGCGCAUCAGAGCCGACUUUAAGCCUGUGGACGUGAGGCAUCAUGGCUGAGAAUCAGAGGCAGCGCUCUCUGUCCACCGCCGGUGAGUCUCUCUACCUUGUCCUGGGAGUUGAGAAGGUGGCUACGGCAGAUGAUAUCAAGAGAUCUUACAGGAAACUGGCGUUGAAGUUCCACCCUGACAAGAAUCCUGACAAUCCAGAGGCCGCCGAUAAGUUCAAGGAGAUAAACAGCGCUCAUUCGAUUCUGAAUGACCCCACAAAGCGUAACAUCUAUGACAAAUAUGGUUCUCUGGGACUAUAUGUGGCUGAGCAGUUCGGAGAGGAGAAUGUCAACACUUACUUUGUCCUUUCAAGCUGGUGGGCAAAGGCUCUGUUUGUAUUCUGUGGUCUGGCCACUGGCUGCUACUUCUGCUGCUGCAUAUGCUGCUGCUGUAACUGCUGCUGUGGCAAGUGUAAACCACGACCUAGGGAGGGCCAGCAACAGGAGUUUUACGUGUCCCCUGAGGACCUGGAGGCUCAGCUGCAAUCUGAUGAGAGGGAGGCUGGUGGUGACCCUAUAAUGCUGCAACCAUCAGCAACGGAGACAACCCAGUUAACAUCAGAUGGGCACCACUCUUAUCGCACCGACACCGGCUUCAACUAAACCUCAUUUCCCGUCAAUCCUGGCCUGCGGUCCUGCCUGCUUCCCUGCUCCACCACAGUGAGAUGUAAGAAAGAGGCAAUCUAUCUUUCCACUUCAGAAAGAGAGCCAAUGCGGAGGAGAGGGACUAGUAAGCAUGGCCCAUGAAAGGAACUAAUGAAGUCACAUUCCUUACACCCCUCCCUGAUUGGUCCACAACUUAUUCUCCCCUUUGUAUUUCUUGGCCUUUAACCGCACAGGUCGUCGCCUACCCCACUUUCCCUCUCUCAUACUUUGCAUCAUGGUGUAGCAUGCACUGUUUAUUAAACAUGGUCUCCAGAUUUUCUUUGACAUUUAUACUUUGCAAGACUCUAUAAUGUAGGUGUACGUGCAAUGUAUUCAAAUAAGUACAGUUCUCACGGGGGAGGCGGAGGGGUGAAGUUUACGUGAUAUUUUCUGCUGAAGGAAAGGAGAGCCAUGGUUCAGGGAGGAGCUUAGAGAGAUGUGUUUGUUUGAUUAAACCCUCGAGAGGCGAGUUGUCAAACAUUAGUGCAGUUUUCACUUCUCAUUUGCAAUCCGUACUGUUGUCACCUGCCCUUGUCAAACCUGCAGUUCAUCUUUGGCGCUGUGUUUGUUUGUCUGUAGUGUGCUCCAAUGAGAGUUUUCAUUCUGAAUCAUGAGGUUGUUACGGCACAGAGCUUUAUUUGCAGACAUUUGUUUCAUAAAUGCCUACUGGUGGAACAUUCUUGUUAAUUAGUAUUGGCUUUCCAUUCCUUUGCCUCAGCUUUAUUUCCGCUUGUCUUUGCAAGAUGGAGACUACAUUCCUGUAUUUCCUGCAGCACUGAACAGGUCGCCAUGACCGUUAUUGUCAUGGUAAUCUUUAUGGUGGGUCAAAAUGUCUUUCAUUGCACAAUAGCAUCUAUUUAUGGCAUUGUUCAGCCCAGGUGGAUUAGUUAUCGUAUGUUGAUCUAUUGUUCUCAACCAAACCAACACAAUUUUGUUUGAUUUUUUUUUUUUUACAUUUGAGAUUGGAUUCAGAAAUUAGAAGCCUGUUUUUUAAAGAAAUCUCAUACAAAAAAUCCAGAUAAUUAACAUUUUAAUCACGUAGUUGUUCAACUAAAUGUUAAAUUUCAUUUAUCCAAAAUUAAAGGUAACCAUCGAAGUUAUUUUGGUGAAAUGAUGUCUUGCUGCUCUUUUUUGUUUUAUAACAAAGGGACAUCAAAACUAAUUGAGACUGAAGGAUAUUGAUUUCAUCUAAUCAUUUCCAUUAUUUCUGUUCACUUAUUGAUCUUGCGGUAUGUGAAGCCAAGAAACUCCAAGUAAACCAGUCGGCUCUGAUGAGAGCUGUACUCUAUCCGUAGCUUGUUCAGCGGGUGACAUGUUUUUAACUCUGAGCUGUCUUGAAUAUGUUAAGUUGUUAUUGUGCUGUGGAAAAAAAACAUGUUGCACUCUGGGAAAUAAAAGCUGACGAAAGAACAUCCACAUGACGAAAACUUUACGUAGUGAAUAAUAUGACUUACUUCAUGUUUGUAGUCCUUGUGCUUUAAACUGAAGUCUGAUGACAUAUUGUCCGAUGCUGUAAUCGUUUAUCAUUGUUGACUUUUUUGAAUCCAUGUAGAGUAAAAAGCUCGUCAGGCAUAUCAUCUGUGAGCUAUCUGCUACAGGCAGCUCCAAGUAAAAUGACUAGGUUUUUCAUACUACUGAAUUUGCAUACAUUGUCACAGAUUCGCAAAUUGCCAUGAAUUGCCAUGAACAUCUUCGCCACAUUUGUCAGUUUCAUAAAUGCUAAUAAUGUGUUUCAAUGGUUUACAUUAGGUGAGCUCCUGUUGCCCACCCUCUGCUAUUAACGGUAUGGAUGUUGACCUCUUGUAUGAUGUUUCCUGUAACCCUUGAUGAAACAUAGAUGUUCCUGUCAUGGCUUUUUUCAUAGAGAUACUGAAAAAUGCUACUGUAAAUGUUCUAAGUUGAAUGCACUGUGUGUUUGAAAAUAACUAUAUGGAUCAAUGAUCAGGAAAUGACUCUACAAAAAGACAACAUAGUAUAUAUAGUGUAAUUAUAGUGAAAUGGUUAUAUGAUGCAUUUUUUUUAUUUCAUACUUGAUGAUGGCUAUCAUUUUAACUGGUACGGUGUUGUAAUGUAACCAUUCAAUUUAGCAAGGAAUGGUUUAAUGGUUAAGAUCGUUUGUAGAUACACUUCGCCCAUAUAAAGUAUAAACCUUAACGUUUAUGUUGUAGCAUGGUAACUGUGUGUCUGGAAGAAAACAAGUGGUCAUUGAUCUGAUUUGCUGUCGUUGAAUAAAUGUUCCUGAACAUUU